AUGCCUGUCAUUCGCUCGCCCACGUCUGUGACGAUGCGCCGCACGAUGAUCGCUGCUCCCACCAGUCCUUCUUCUCAUUCACGCUACGUUACCCGUGGAAGCGCCACUAGACGUGCCUCUGCGGAUGGAGGGGACUCCUGCUUCGACAACUAUGUCCCUCAACUGCCCAGACAACGCGAAAUAUGCACGCCAGAGCAAAAAGCCGCACUCGAAGACCUUUAUGAACUGACAGCAGGAUAUCCUUCCACUUCACAACGCCUUGAGCUCGCGUCAAGGAUUGGAAAGAGUCCCGAGUCGACGUAUAUCUGGUUCCAGAACAAGCGCAAUUCUGCCACGGAAAAGAAGAAACGUUCUGCGAAGAAGAAUGCUAUGGAAAUGUCUAUUUCUGGCUCUGACAGCAAUGCGUCUAACUCAUCAGGAUCCUCUCGCGCUCCUUCUUCUGCUGGGCUUCCGUCGCCCUCCAGAUCAAUACUCCACUUCAACCCUUCUUCCACCGAAAUAUUCUGGGAAGAGCAAGAAAUACACGCCAUUGAUGUUCUCACCAACGCCCUCAGGACUAUGCCCGAUUUGCACGAUCAACACGCCCCUAUUCCUAUUCCCGCUGGUAGCAACGACUCUUGCAACGAUCAACAUACCUUCGAGUGUCCCCUCCUGCACACGCCUGAAAGUGUCGCGUGCUGCCAUGAGCGUAUGCCGCCUCCACGUACCAACGUCAAUGACGAACCCCGCAACCUUCGCGUAUACAAUCGUGUGGUUUCCUACUCUGAAGUCUCCGCGCUCCGUGGACUCGCCGAAUUCCACACACAAAUCCUCACGUUUUGA